AUGGAUUUUUCUUCUGAAGUGGGCAAAAUCAUGGAUAUUUCUUCAUCCUGGGAUGGAACCCUCGCGCAGAAUGAUUUCUCUGUUGCUGCUCACGUUUUUGCUGAGAAAUGGAAAAGGAAUAACUCUGCUUCCCCUUCAUGGUUAUGGGUUAAUUCUCCAAAAGGACCUCUCCUUGCUUCUUCUCAACAUGUGGAGGGGUACUUGUCUUUGGAGAAUAUAUGUGUUCUUGUCUCUACUGAGGAUAAUCAUGAUGAAGGAAGUUGCAGUAUGGAAGAGGAGACUGGUUUCUCUGAGAUAGAAGGGGCAGCUGAUAAUGCAACAUUGGUCCAAAGCAAUUGUCAUGAAGUGCAUUACUAUGAUUUUCAUAUAGUCUACAGUGCUUCAUACAGGGUUCCUGUGCUAUAUUUCCGUGCAUACUGCAGUGAUGGAAGGCCAUUGCUGUCGAAUGAAAUUGAAAAGGACCUUCCAGCUUGCUCCACAAAGGCAUUGUUGGAAACAAAGUGGACUUUCAUAACUCAGGAGGAGCAUCCAUACUUGAAUAGGCCAUGGUACAAAUUACAUCCAUGCGGGACCGGUGAAUGGAUGAAGUUGCUUUUCCUUGGUGAUGAGGUUCAUGCUAAUAAUGGACUGGCCAUUGAGCUAUAUCUGGUGUCAUGGUUCUCAGUCGUUGGGCAGGUGGUUGGUCUUAAGAUCCCUUUAGAAAUGGUGAAAAUUGUAGCGUAA